CGCAGCACGUGCGGUGAUGGCGUCUGCGCCCCAAGGGUCUCAGCCCUGCGCCCCGCGUCCCCAGGACAGCAUGGAUCGCCCAGAGCCCGAGCUGAUCCGGCAGAGCUGGCGGGCGGUGAGCCGCAGCCCGCUGGAGCAUGGCACCGUCCUGUUCGCCAGGCUGUUCGCCCUGGAGCCCGGCCUGCUGCCUCUCUUCCAGUAUGAUGGCCACCAGUUCUCUAGCCCCGAGGACUGUCUCUCUUCUCCAGAGUUUCUGGACCACAUCAGGAAGGUGAUGCUGGUGAUUGAUGCUGCGGUAACCAACGUGGAGGACCUGUCCUCCCUGGAGGAGUACCUAGCUGGCUUGGGCAGGAAGCACCGGGCAGUGGGUGUGAAGCUCAGCUCCUUUUCGACAGUGGGCGAGUCCCUGCUCUACAUGCUUGAGAGGUGUCUGGGCCCUGCUUUCACACCAGCCAUGCGGGCUGCCUGGAACCAGCUUUACGGGGCCGUGGUGCAGGCCAUGAGUCGUGGCUGGGAUGGCGAGUAAGAAGCGACCCCUGCUUGGUUGUCCGCAGCUGUCCAUGUCUGUCUACUGGUCUAUGUCUGUUGUAGCCCAGGCCUCUCUGUGUCUUGGUCUUGUCCAGACCAUUAGAGAGGUGAUAGAGAGGGCUCCAUCUGCAGGAGGAGUGGCCUUUCCUUCCAGAAGGGGCUCUGGGCUUCCUCAUCCUUGUGGCCUCUUCCCUGCCUGCCUAUUCACUUUUCUGGCACCCUUUCCUGCCUCACGAGACAGAGCAGAGCUUUGGUGGCGAGAGGGCCUGGGGCUGAGAUGGAGAGACUUUGAGACCAUAGGCCCUGGCCAAUGUAGGAAGGAGCAAGGUGACCAGGCUUCACGCCCCUUCCAUUUGGCCUGCUCAGGCGCUAUGAUGCUUCCCUGUCUUGGAUUUCUGCUUUCAGGAGUCUGGGAGGGAAAGAUGCUCUGUGCCUGCCAUGCCAUAUUUCCAGGUCUCUUAUUCCCCUGUACCCCAGUCAUGUAGUUUCCCUUUGGCAAAACUACCACUUGUCCUCAUUUAGCACUUCUAAGCGGAGCAACAAGGCCCCAGAGAGCUGAGUCCUGAGACUUCCCUCACUGUCCCGCUCCAGGAAGGCCAAUUCUUCACCUGUGUCCCCUCACCCUUCUACUCAUCAACUCUGCUUGGCAAUAGGCCUACAACUGUGUAGUUACCAUGUUUAGCACCCCUGGUGUGCCAGUGCUGGGGGGAACGGCAGGAAGCCUCCUGCCCUUUCCCCAGCCAUCUGCACUCUCCCCCUCUUUGCUGUGGUUCUCUAACUCAUGAGGAAUAAAGUUGU